CCAAAUUCGUCCAAUGAAUGAAGGUUUUUGGAUGGCGUCACCUAUGAAAAGACUUAAUUACAUUUAGCCCCCGCCCACCGUCUCCGUCGGCGGCACUCCGCCGGAGUAGGAGAGGAAAUCGUAAGCGCGACACACUGGAAUGCCCGCGCCUCUGUGCGACGGAGCAUAAAUCUUCAAACAAUUGAGAUCCGUGAGUGUUUACAAACUGUCUAACCUCACAAAGGAUUGAGACUAGCUGUUACAAAUCAAUGAUACUGUUGCAGUCGCCCUGCAGAUAUCUCCUGCAAGUCUUGUCCACUCUGGUUCAGAAUCUUGAUAAAGGAGUUGAGUUAGACUGCCAGUGGGUUGAGUUUGACGAUGUCCGCUACCAUUUUCAGGCAAAUGUAAAGAAUCCAAAUUUUCUCCUAUUAUCACUAUCUUUACCCGCACCACCUCCAGAAACUGUAUUUUUUGGAGGACUUCCUCAAGGAGCUAUCGAAGCUAUAAAAGCAGCAUAUGGUGUGUUCCUAGAAGUUCUUGAUCCCCCAAGGGAUGGUUAUAAUCUUACAGUGAAACUGAACCUGUCAAAGCUUCCUCCGGAUGAAGGCCAUAAGCAAGCAUUCCUGGUAAAGAUUGCUUCUAUAAGAGAACUAGUUCAGGGUGCACCAUUGAGAGCAGUAUUUAAGCAACUAGUCUCGAGGGGUGUAAAAUCUGACUUAAACAAGAUUAUUUCAAUUGUGCAUCGGCCGAACGAAUCAUAUUUUAUUUUUCCUCAGGUGGAUAAGGUGACGGUGAUUUUCCCAAUGCGAUUCAAGGAUUCCAUAGAUAUUGUUCUUGCUACUUCUUUCCUUCAGGAAUUUGUUGAAGCAAGGAGAACUGCUGGACUUAACAAUGCCCCUCCAUGUCUGUGGUCAUCUUCCCCCCCUAAGGAGUUGGAAGGUUCUUCAGACGAGGCAUUAUCAGCAAAUGCUGGAUUUGUCAGUUUUGUUAUUUUCCCUCGCCAUGUUGAAAGCAGAAAGCUGGAUAGAACCGUUUGGAGUUUAUCAACAUUUCAUGCUUAUGUCAGCUAUCAUGUCAAGUGUUCAGAAGGUUUCAUGCACACAAGGAUGAGGCGUCGGGUGGAGACAUUGAUAGAGGCUCUAGAUCGUGCCAAACCAGAUUCAGAAAAAGCCAACAAUAUCGACCAGACUAGAUCCUUUAAACGACUAACUGUCAAGGAUGGCAGAAGCAACUCCAAUGCAAAGUGAUAUCUGCUCACCAUGAGAGAAGGUGUAUGUCACCGAAUGGGGUUAUUGGAAAGCGCAAGGUGAUCUACACCGGUGAUAAUUCUUCCAAGUCAUGAAGCACCUGUUGUUCAUAUAUCAUACUAGAAGUUUUGCCUUUUACAAUAAUCUUCGGGCACGGGAUGAUUAAUUUCUCACCUGGAUUGGUAAAUCGAGUUCCCCCUUCCAUGAUGUUGUCAGCUAUGACCAUGAGCAGUAAAUAUGUUUCCUCCUUGGGGUGUCCGACCAGCAGGGCGCCAAACGUUAUUUCUCUCGAGUUGCUUUCAAGCUCAAACCGCGAAAGAGUGUGUUUCUUCUUCUCUUUUCUUUAUCGUUUGUAUCUACAGAUCAAGUUAAGAUCGAUGGAUGAUUUGUUACAUUUUGGUCUACAUAUAGUCAAAUUGUGAAAAUUAGAGAAACUCUAAAUUCAUAGCAGCUUCAUCUUUUCAUUUUCUUUGUCGAUUUAUCAGCAGAAUUAAAAUUUUAGCUCGAUGACGAUUUGUAUGUAUAAUACUUGCAUGUAUGAAUAAUGGUCUGAAAUGACAAAUUUUGCUCGGUUAAUUUA